AUGGGGGGUACCAGGUGUACUAGUCCCCCCCAACUGCUGCCCCCUCCCAGGCUGGACCUGAGCAACUGCUCCCUGCAGAGUGUCCCCCCAGAACUGGCCGAGGCCACUGCUGCCAUCGUUCUGGACCUGACCGAGAACCCCCUGACGACCCUCCCCAACGACUCCUUCCUGGGCUUCACCCACCUGCAGCUCCUCGCGGUGCCGCCGGUGCUGGAGUGUCCGGGCGGGAGUGACGCCUGGCAGGAAGUGACGGUGGACGAGAGCAGCCGGCGGUGCCAGGGCCAGAGGAACCCCUGCAAUGGCUCCAUGGAGCUUGCCUGGCCGUGUCCCGAAAACUCUGUGUGUGCCCCCGACGGCCCCGGCCUCGUCCAGUGCCUCUGCGAAAGCCCCUUCCAUGGCUACAAGUGCCUGCGCAAGGGCACGUUCCCGGUGCUGCUCUUCGGUGGGAUCCUGGGCACUGCCACCGUAUCCGUGUCCCUGCUGCUGUGGGGCACCCAGCGUAGGAAGGCCAAAACCCUCUGAGUGGGGCGGGGGGCUGCGGAUGGGCAAGGGACCCCCUGGCCUGGGGGUCUCUGUGCCCAGGCCUGACUGUCUCUGCGGCUGCCAGGGAUCAAUAAAGCCACAGGUUCUCACCA